CUUUAUCUCUGAGCUAGUCUUUGGGUAUUUUCUGUGUUUAGUCACUCUGUUUCCUCCUCUUCAGGUAGAGGCUUACACAGUCAGAGAGAAAGGGGCCUCCGUCUGUAGAUAGGGUUGCUGUGUUUUGUAAGGUUGUUCCUGAUAACAUUGAUGGUUUGCCCCCUCACUGUUAGCCAAUUGUGGCCUGCUAGAAGUAUUUGCUCUAUGCUGUUUUUCCAAAAAAAAUAAGAGAGUCUGCCAUUUUAUUUCCUGUUUUGCCAUGUUACACUAUGACUGAAGAAUGCUGGCUUUAUGCCCCCAUGUAUUUAAGGGACAAAAAAUGCUUUAAGUAGAUGGGAUCAUUCCCCUUCGUUUGUUACCAGAUUUCUGGUGAAAAAAACCCAAGAUGCAGGAACCAGGAGAACAAACUUUAAGUCAAGUAAACAACCCGGAUGUCAGUGAUCAGAAGCCUGAGACAUCCAGCCUUGCAUCAAAUCUUAGCAUGUCAGAAGAAAUUAUGAUUUGUAUGGAUUACAUCCCUCGUUCAUCCAGUGAUUAUACCUCACAAAUGUACUCUGCAAAGUGCACUGUGGCCAGGUGUGAAAGCUGGAAGUGCUUUAAUGCAGACUCCAUCUCCAAGUCGACACAGUGUUCUUACCUGCACUACAGGGUUAGCCACAGGCCAGCCACGCCCGCACAUUAUUCUCAUCCCAGUCAAGCUUCAAGCACAAAUGCCAGCCUGAUAUCCACUUCAUCUGCAAUUGCCAAUAUUCCGGCAGCAGCUGUGGCCAGCAUCUCAAAUCAGGAUUAUCCUACCUAUACUAUUCUUAGACAGAAUCAGUACCAGGCCUGCUACCCUAGUUCCAGCUUUGGAGUUGCAGGCCAAACUAACAGUGAUGCUGAGAAUACCACAUUAGCGGCUACCACGUACCAGACAGAGAAGCCUAGUGCUGUAGUACCUGCGCCAGCCCCACAGCGGCUUCCCUCUGCAGACUCGUCUACAAGCCCGUCUUUGUCCCAGAAUACACCAAAUAAAGAUGCUGAUGAUCAGUCCCGGAAAAACAUGACUGUCAAGAACCGAGGCAAGAGGAAAGCCGAUGACGGUUCUUCCCAGGACAGUGAAUUAGAACGGGUAUUUCUCUGGGAGUUGGAUGAAACCAUCAUCAUAUUUCAUUCCCUUCUUACUGGAUCCUGUGCUCAGAAGUAUGGAAAGGCUCCUGAGCCCCCAGAGGAAGGAAGCCCUCCAGAGACGAAGAGCAGAGAUGGACGUUCUCACGGACUCCUGAAGUCUUGAGUUCAAUUCCCAGCUUACAAGAUGGUGGCUCACAACCAUCUCUACCGGGAUCUGAUGCCCUUUUCUGGCAUGCAGGUGUACAUGCAGAUAAAGUAUUUAUUUACAUAAAACAAACAAGCCCAAGGGAAUCAUUGUGUCUUCUGUAACUGACUGGCUGUUGUGUGAAGAACAGAAGGACCCUGACUGGCACUGCCGUUAUUUAGAACAACAAACGCAAGCUCCUCACUGUGUACUUGUCUUCUAAAAUGUGGUGUUCUUGAUAAGACUGCGGCAGCAGCUAACAGGGUGCAGGGCAGGGGAUGGCUCAGGAGUUGAGAGCACUCACUGCUCGUGCAGAGCGCCCAGGUUCAGUCCCCCGCACCUACACGUGCACAUAAGCAAUCUCACUGGCCCCUCUGCCCUUUAAUACAGAAAAAGACUCUGAAGAGUGAUAAAUGAGCUGGGAAUGGUGGAGCAUGCCUGUAAUCCCAGACCACAGGAGGCAGAGGUGGGAGUAUCUCUAAGCUGAAGACCACCUGGUUUCUAUGUUGAGUUCCAGGACAGUCAGAGCUACAUGGAGAAACCCUAUUUUUAAAAACGAAAAGAAAGAAAGAAGAAUUAAUAUUGGCAUUGACCAGUAGCAUCCAGGUCUUUGAGAUUUUCUUUUAAGGGCUGGAAAGAUGGGUGCAGAAGUUAAGACCAUUGGCUGUUCUUCCAGAGGUCCGGAGUUCAAUUCCCAGCAACCACAAUGGUGGCUCAAAACCAUCUAUAAUGAGAUCUGGUGCCUUUUUCUGGCCAGCAGGCAGAACGAGCAGGCAGAACACUGGAUACAUAAUAAAUAAAUAAAUCUUAAAAAAAAAAAAAGUUAGAGCCUAAAGAGCUGACCUGUUUCAAUUUGUGCUCCUGCGUUGCUUCAGUUUUACAAGUUCAUUUUUCUUCUUACUGUUUUCUAGAAAGAAUUGUGUGAAUGUUCUGAUCACAACCACCCAGCUGGGUCCAGCCCUGGCCAAGGUUCUCCUGUAUGGACUAGUCUGUGAGUUCAAGGCCAGGCUGGUCUACAAAGCCAGUGCAGGACAGUCAAGGCUACACAGAGAAACCCUGUCUCAAAAAACAAUAAUAAAAUAAAAUAAAAACCAGAUGGCAGAGGAGUGCAACUGUGGAUGGCUGCACUCUGUUACAACGUGCUUCUAGCCAACCAUGCAUCACAGACCACUGAGUCAAAACAAAACAGAAAACAAACAACAAAAAGAGGAAAAGCGGAGGGGCCCCUGCCUAGAAUAGCACUUCACUUUAGCUCAGCCUCCUCUCUUUGAGCUCCGGCCCUGACCUCUACCUCUGCUCAUUUUUCCCUCCUUUUGCCCUUGAACUCGUGAAAGAUUUUGACUCAGCCUGCCACGCAUCAGACACGGUUCCUCUUUUGUCUGCCCACUUCAGCAGGAACACCCUGGACAAGUUCGGGUCAUCGUAUGUCUUGGUCAGCAGUUGCUUGUGAGAUAAAUUUGUUCAAACUUGAAGAAAGACUCAAAGACCAAGAGUCACCAGAAUCCAUGGUGACAAUCGAUCGAAGUCAGGUGAUAGGAUGUGGACAGGAGACCGUUACCUGCCUCUCUACCUAGGGGAAUUCCAAUAAGUGCAUAUUGUUCUGCUGAAAUAAAUGUGAACCUCUUGGUAUGUUGAAGAGACAAAUGGUAAAA